CAUCUUGUCCUUCCCUCAACGUUCUUCUUUCACCCCCUUCUUGGUUGCCUGCGUGCGUCCUUUAUUAAGGAAUGAGGGGUCGGAUAGAAAUUGCAAGAACUCCAAAAUAUUUAUUCAUAUAUUUUCUUUGAGUUCAUUUAAAAGGAAAAAUAAAAUAAUCCCCACGCCUACCAGAGGAAAUAAUUUCCUCACUCUUCCUUCUUUCCGAUAAAAUGGGUCUCUUUCUUUCCAGAAAUAUUGUAAAUUUUCUCAUCUCUUCCCUGUUCUCAUCCAAGAAAAUCCCUACGAAUCUCGUCCCUUCUCAGAUUGAAAACAUGGUCUCCAUGGUGUCAGCCCGUACCGGAAGAUACAGGCAGCGCUACAAUAAAGAGUAUCGCCUGGUUGUUGGAUGCAUUCCUUACAGAUACAAAGAUGCCCAGAAAUCGUUUUCGGUUGACAAUAUAGAAGUUCUUGUGAUUAGUUCGCAGAAAGGGCAUGCAAUGUUGUUCCCGAAGGGUGGGUGGGAAAACGACGAGUCAAUGGAAACCGCAGCUUCAAGAGAGACAUUCGAGGAAGCUGGAGUAACUGGCAACAUCGAAAGCAGAUUAGGCAAGUGGUAUUACAAGAGCAAGAGCCAUGCGAAGAUGCAUGAAGCCUACAUGUUCGCUUUGCGUGUAACGAAACAACUGGAAAAUUGGCCGGAGAAAGAUAUCCGAAAGCGAGAAUGGAUGAGUGUGGAGAAAGCCAGAGAAGUUUGCCCUCACAUGUGGAUGAAAGAGGCUUUAGAUUUAUUACUCAUUCGACAAUCAGAAGUUGAGCAGAACUUGGAUGACGAAACGCCUUGUUCAUAAAACAGUCAUCUUUUUUAAGCAGCCAUGGCUUUGCCUCUUUCUUUAGGAGAUCUGGAUCAGGUAGGUUUAGUUGUGGCUUAGCAUAGCGUGAACUUAAAAGGCCAGGAACGAGGAAGUAGUGUUCUUCCUUUCGGUCAUCCAAAAAAACAGGAUAUACAGUUCCUAUGAUUCUGAAGAAAGAAUACGGGGCGUAGGACUGGACAAUCUAAAACAGAUCAUCGUCUUGUAAAUCCUCACAUUCAUUCAUUCAUUCAAAUUAAUUUGAUUCUUUGUCACUGUCA